AUGCAGUCGUCUCAAUCCAUGUACAACUUGAGCAGUAUUGCAUCGCCUCAAUACGUCCCGUCUCAUCUGCGUCAAGCUCACACACCCGGAGGCCAUACACAACCGAAGCACUCGCCGCCCUUUCUAAGACGCAGCUCGACAGUCUCUAAAUUUGGCGGCCCAGGCUUCGGCACUCCGAAGCAAUCACGCACAAAGUCUGGUGAUUUCGCAGUAGAAGAUGCACCGCCUACGGAGUCCAUCUAUGACUUUAGCGGUGGUUCGCCCUUCUCUAGACCAGCCAGUGUUAUGAAAAGUCCACCACCUCCGCAGCAGCAACGGACGUCAGGCUUACAAGCAACACACGCAGCUGAUCUGCGGACCUCCAAGUCACAAUACUUCACCCAGUCAACGCCACAGCAAAGUACCUUGUCCGACUUGCCCACUGCCGUUGUAAUCUUUGGUUUUCCCAGUCAUAUUCAGUCGCAGGUGCUCUCCCACUUUUCACGCUUCGGCGAAAUCGCACAACAUGCGAGUAGUGCAGCACAAGAAUCUCACUCAACGGGUAGCAAUUGGUGUAAAGUGACAUACCAGUCUCCUGCUAGUGCUCAACGCGCAGUCCAAGCGAAUGGAUCGCUCGUGCUGGGCCAGUAUAUGGUGGGUUGUGUGUAUGCACAAGAAGACGCACCCGUGAGUCGCGAUACUGCACCAGCACUCGCCAGUCCACGCGGCCAGUCUGAUGAUGCUAUGGAGAUUGACCCAAUGACACCACCACCGCCGUCUGCGCCAGCCGCACAGUCAAGAGGUCCGCAGAUGGCUUAUCAGCCAAACCACGGCUACUCAACACCCACUGCGCCCCGUCAUAGGGCUUCUGACAAUCCAUUCAAUACUGGAGCGAGUACUCGGCAACAAGCACCCAUGUCACCGCAAGAUGGGAUGCAGACACCCGGUGGUGGUCGACGGAUCGAAGUCUUGCAUACGGAUGGGAUUUACAAGUCCAAUUCACCUUUGGCCGGUCAAGCUGGUUGGAUGCCUGGUUGGUUACAGGCUGCUGCAGGACCAGCGACGCCGGAGCGUAAGGAUGAGCAGAAGGUUGCAGGGACGCCAGUGACACAGGUGAAGCAGGACGAACAGGCCGUCGCGCAACGGGGAUGGGGAUCGAGGAUGUUGAGGGGCCUGGUGGAUACAAUCUUUGGAUUCUGA